AUGGACUUUUACAAACAAAGAAGAUUUAUUUGCGAGAUCACGGGUCAUUCUGGACUUACGUUCUUCGAGGCGCUCAGAAGUGAGACUGAGGAGUCACGAGAAGUGAAUAGUGCUUUCCAAGAUGCGUUGAAGGAACCUAUCUUGCGCAGGAUUCAAUUUUCCACGGUGUCGCGGGUCGAUAAUCUUGUGGAUGAAGUUUACGAGGAAUUCAAACAGGAUUUCUACCCAGGCGAGCCUGUUCUUAUUUUACUCGAUGACAACACGCGCCUUCAUGGAAUUAUACGCGACAAGGCAAAUUUUGCCGAACAACUACAUCCUGAUGGAACGGUCAAAACUCCGGCCUAUGCCACAUAUCUCGUGAAGGUCUUGGAUCGCCCAAAUGAGGAGGCGCUUCUCGACCAAGAGCACAUCACCCGAGAUCGGAAAACCUUUACUAAGCAGAUGCUGCGUGCUUUCAUUAAGAACAAUGUGACUAGGGAGUCUUGGAGCGGUGCUCCUUGGCUGGUAAAGUCAUCCGUCGCAGAAGAAUAUAGGAUAUCAACCGAAGUGCCGAAGCAUCUUCAGUAUGGAGCCAAGGUUGCUGAGAAGAAGGCAAUGAAAAAGGCAGACCAAGAAGGGUUCUUCGGCUUCUUUGCAUCACAGCAACUACCUGAACUGAAGCCUGCGUUGAAGGCGCAGAAGUCGAAACCGUCAGCAAAUGACAUGGCUCGGUCAAAGGAGGCACAGUUUCUCGAGUACCAACGCUCUCUUAAUGGUAACCCAACCUUUGUCGUCAACAGUAAACCUUCCGAUGCCUCUCGUUCGUCUAAGUUACAGGAUGCUGAAAAGAAACCGCAAUCUGUUCCCGCAGUUUACCCUAUCGAGGAUCUAGACAUCGCUCCGGACCGCGAAAAGAAGAAGCAGCGACCGCCCCUUCAAUUUGUGUCUAUCGAUGAAACUGAUGAGGUUGAAGAUGACGCGGAUUUGCUAUAUGACGAACUCGAGGAGAAAUCAGUCGGCUUGCUUCUGGAAACGUGGAAUACUCUGAACGUGUAUUGCGAAGUUUUCCAACUCGAUUCUUUCACUUUUGACGAUUUCUUCCAGGCAAUGCGAUUUUCCUCGGAGGAUGUUGAUUGUGAGCUUUUUGUCGAAGUGCAUUGUGCUGUGCUGAAGAAGCUGGUGAAUGCGGAGAAAGACGAAGAGGGUGCUGUCCAAAUCUCACUUCCUGAUCUUCCUGAGGAGGACUCAGAGGGCUCUGGAUCUGAUGGCGAGGGCGAAGAGGAAGAGGAUGAAGAGGAGGAAGCCACCCCCCUGAGCCCGAGCCUGUCGUGA